AUGGAGAAUCUUAAUAAUAAAGAAAAUAAAGAAAACAUAAACUCUAAAUGUAUAGAACUAGAAAAAACUAAAAAAAAUAGUUGUAUACAGAGUAUAAAAACAAAGUUAAAGGAUAUUAUUUUAGGACCAGCUCCAUCAUCUACAAAAGUAAUUCCAGAGGCUCAUGCUAAUAUAAUAUCUAAACUUUUAUGGAGUUGGUUAGAUCAUUUAAUGGUAUUAGGGUUUAAAAGGCCUCUUGAAAUAAGUGAUUUAUGGUUUAUUGAUGAAAAACGUACAUCUAAAAAGUUGGGGGAUGAAUUACUGAAACAUUAUGAAAAACAUAAACAAAAAAAACAAGGAUUAUUAUUGGCAUUAAAUGAUACAUUUCGUAAUCAUUAUUGGUCAGCUACUAUUAUUAAAUUUUUUUGCGAUUUAUUAGUUAUUUUGUCAUCUCUUAUGGUUAAGUAUAUUAUUAUAUUUUCUCAGAAAAGAGCAUUACAUGAUCAAAAUACGCAUAUUAAUCCAAAACAACAUGUAGUAUAUGGUAUUAUGCUUUGUCUUGUGUUAUAUUUAUUUCAAACAAUAUCUUCGUUUUGUCUUCAUCAUUCAUUUUAUCGGACUAUGACUGUGGGAGCAUUAUCAAGAACGGCUUUAGUAUCAUGUAUUUAUCGCAAAAGUCUUCUUCUUAAAAAUAAACAGAGAUUAUUUUAUAAUAAUGGAAAAAUCAUGAAUUUAAUCAAUACCGAUGUUACUAAUGUUGACAUUUCUCUUGGAUAUACACAUAUUAUAUGGACAGCAACAGUUCAAAUUCUUUUAAUUUUUUUAAUUUUAUACAUAAAUCUUGGCGUCCCUGCACUUUUAGGGCUUUCAUUAUUACUUAUUUCUGCUCCUAUAUUGGCAAAAGUAUCAAAAACUUUUAUCAAUAAAAAUCUCAGAAUUUCUUCUAUCGCAGACAUUCGUGCUCGUAUAACAAAUGAAACGCUUCAAUCUAUUAAAAUAAUCAAAUUUUAUGCAUGGGAAAACUUUUUUUUGGAUAAAAUAUUAAAUCUAAGAAAAAAUGAAGAAAAAGUAAUUAAAUUACUUAUAGCUAUUCGGUCACUUGUUGAUUCUUUAUUUAUGACUUUACCAUUUUUUUGCAUUAUAUUAGCCUUUAUUACAUACUAUUUAAUAAAAAAGAAUCUGGAUCCUGCAAUUAUUUUCUCAUCAUUAACUCUUCUUAACCAUUUAAGGAUUUCUUUUAUGCUUUUACCUUUUGCAAUGGGUGUUACUAGUAAUAUGCUUGCUUCAUUAAAGAGGAUUCAAACAAUGCUUUCUAAUGAGGACGAUUUUGAAAAUUCUGAUUCAGUAAAAGAAUUUAGAAAUACUUUAGCAUAUCAAAAACCCGAAAAUUCCCAGGAGGAAGAAUGUAAUGAUGCAAUUAUUAUUAAAAACGGAUAUUUCACAUGGGCAUCAGGUUCUCUGGGCCAAGAUCUAGAAAAAAAGGAACUAAAAUAUUCAGAAAACACUUUUUUCAAGAAAAAAUCAUCAUUAAAUCAGUCUAAUUUAGAAAAAAAAGAUAAAAAAAAAACUAAGAAUGAAAAAUUAAAUGAAAAAGAAAAAAAAUACAUCUCUGAUAUUGUGUUGCAGGAAAAAGAUAAAAUUCAAAAUAAUUCUGAAAAAAGCUUUGAAAAAAAUAACAUCGAAAUAGAUCUUAAAAAUAUUAACUUAAGAAUAAAGAAAGGGGAGCUUGUAUGCAUCGUAGGUCCUAUUGGUUCAGGGAAAAGUACACUUCUUCUUUCUAUUAUUAACGAAGUAUACAUAAUCAACGGAACAAUAAAAUUAAAUGGCACAAUUAGUUACUGUUCUCAAAUUUCAUGGAUUCAAAAUACAACUAUUAUUGAUAACAUCUUAUUCGGAAAACCAUAUGAUGAACAAAGAUAUCAAGAAGUAAUCGAAGCAUGUUGUUUAGAACUCGAUUUUCAGAUAUUACCUAAUGGCGAUUUAACAGAAAUAGGAGAAAAAGGUGUUACAAUUAGUGGUGGCCAGAAACAACGAAUUAAUAUUGCACGUGCUGUUUACUUUGGUGCAGAUAUUGUAUUAUUAGAUGAUCCAUUAUCAUCUGUUGAUUCACAUGUCAGUAAAGACAUUUUUGAAAAAUGCAUUCUUGGUCUUCUUAAAGAUAAAACAGUGAUUCUUGUGACACACAAACUCGAUAUACUUGACAAAGCGGACAAAAUAAUUUAUCUUGAAGAUGGAGAAAUUCGAGAAAUAGGAAAAUAUUCAGACAUGAUUUCUAAACAAGAACAUUUUUAUGAAUUUGUUAAAAAAUUUCUCAACACACAAGUAGAAAGUGACGAAUAUUCCAAAAAGGCACCAGAAACAGUCAUUUCGGGAGAAAAAGAAAGGAAAAUUAAAACAUUAAUGCAGGAUGAAGAACGUGAAAUAGGCUCGAUAAAAUUUAAAGUAUAUAUUGAAUAUAUUAAAGCAGCAGCAGGUCUUUGGAUUAUUCCAGCAGUUAUUCUUUUGCUAUCUAUUUAUCAAUUUUUUAAUAUUGGAAAUAAUCUAUGGUUAAGCUUUUGGAUAAAAAACCAAUUCAAAAGAUCUGCUAAAUUUUAUAUGUUAAUAUAUGUGUUAUUGGGCAUUAUUGAAAUAAUUCUAUAUUUUAUUAUUGAAAUUUCACUGUUUAAUAUCGGCAGACGUGCUAGUACAAAGAUGCAUUAUAAAGCUAUUCAUCGUGUUCUUCGAUUACCUAUGUCAUUCUUUGAUACUACUCCUUUAGGACGAAUUAUUAAUAGGUUCACUAAAGACAUUAGAAUUCUAGAUAUUGCGCUUUCUGAUAGUUAUCUGAUGUUUCUUGUAACGCUUUCAUUCAUUAUCUCUAUUUUCAUCCUUAUUAUUAUAUUAUUACAUUAUUUUUUUAUUGCACUUAUAUGUUUAAUGUCACUUUUUUUCAUUUUAAUGUCAUUCUAUAGAGCAUCUUCUCGAGAAAUAAAGCGACUGGAUUCUUUACAAAAAUCAAACCUUUAUAGUCAAAUUAGUGAAACAUUAACAGGCCUUCCUAUAAUACGCGCAUACGAAAAACAAUCAAAAUUUAAAUUAGAAAAUGAAAAAAGACUAGAUUUAUCAAAUAGUGCCUAUUUAUUAGUAUUUGCCGCCCAACGAUGGCUUGCUUUAAGAUUAGAUGCAAUCGGAAACAUGAUUACAUUAUCUAUUACUAUUUUAAGUAUAAUAUCAAAUAUUGAUCCAACAACUGCAGGUCUUAUCCUUUCUUAUUCCCUUCAAAUUGUUGGUAUAAUGUCUUGGAUGUUAAGGCAGUUUUCUGAAUUUGAAAUUAAUAUGAAUUCAGUAGAGAGGCUUCAUCAUUAUGGAGAGAAUUUAAAGACAGAAGCACCUUUAAUAAUUCCAGAAAAAAGACCUCCACCUGAUUGGCCUCAAAACGGUGAAAUUAUAUUUAAUAAUGUCUGGCUUAAAUAUAGAGAAGAGCUUCCAUAUUCAUUAAAAAACUUAAAUAUUCAUAUUAGUAAAGGAGAAAAAGUAGGCAUAGUUGGUCGCACUGGAGCAGGAAAAAGUUCUAUUAUAGUAGCUCUUUAUAGACUUGUAGAAAUAUCUAAAGGCUCAAUAACGAUUGAUGGAAUUUCUAUUUCAGAUAUAGGUCUUCAUGAUUUAAGAAGCAAACUUUCUAUUAUUCCACAAGAACCAACACUUUUUGAAGGAACAAUUCGGUCAAAUCUUGACCCAUUUCAACAAUAUUCAGAUCAAGAAAUUUGGGAUAGUUUAAAAAAAUCAUGGUUCCUAGAUUCUAUUAAGAAAUAUCGUAACACAGGCAGUGAAGAAUUAUCAGAAUUCAAUUUAGAAUGGCCCAUAGAAACUGAUGGACAAAAUUUUAGUCAUGGACAACGUCAAUUAUUAACUAUGGCAAGAGCAUUAUUACGGAAAUCCAAAAUCGUCGUUUUUGAUGAAGCAACUUCGAGUAUUGACGCUAAAACAGAUAUGGAGAUUCAACAUACUAUUCUAACCCACUUUAAGGAUGCAACACUUUUAUGUAUAGCAAACAGAAUUAACACUGUUAUUCAUUACGACACAAUUAUUGUUAUAAGCUCAGGUACACUUAUUGAAUUUGGGUCUCCACGGGAACUUUUUAAUAAAAAAGAUGGAGUCUUUCGGUCUAUGUGUAUACACGCAGGAAUAACGGAUAUAUGA